UUUUUUUUUUUUCCCUAAUCUUCACGACCCUGCGAUUUUAACGUCUUUGCGCCCUAAAAAAAGAAAAAAGGAAAAAAAAAGAGAAGAAAUCACAUCGUCUUCAGUAUCAAUUAAUUACGUCUUUUGUCAAUGUUGACGUUUCGUUUACUGGUUUCUUUCACUUUUCUUAUUUUACUCUAGUACUUCCGCCCGUCCGAACCCCAGGUUCUCCGGAUUCACCAGUCGUUCAUAUUCACUCCUUACAUCGGCGCUCCACAAUCGACGAUCGUGAAUUAUUACUCAGAGUUGGCUUUCUUUUUUUUUUUUCAAUUCGGCGCGCUAAUCGAUAAGCCACAUUAUUACCUAUUUACUCCCUGGUUUACCUAGUGCUUUAUCACCACCGAUAGGCGUCUUCUUUUGCGUCGCAAACCAACUACCACAAAAUGUCCAAAACUACAAUUGUGAAGGAAGCGGUCAAAGAGAGCCUCCUGGGUACUCAGGAGCCCUCCGACCUAUCGACUUCCCACCGAACUUUAUUCUUACAGAAUGCGAAGAAAGAUGAAGAAACUGGAGAGUUGUAUAUGGGACCUGAAGAGUUCAUCGAGGCUAUUGCCCCGCCUAGCGAAGACUACCACAAAAUCAGUCGCGAUCAAUAUGGCCUCCUCUUUUGCGUAGCGGACCGUCAAGGCACUGGUAAGGUGACACUUCACGACUGGGCCGCCUUCGAGAACCUAUUGACAAAACCCGACGCCGAGUACGAGAUCGCGUUCCGCCUCUUUGACAUUGGUCGCACCGGAAGUGUUACGUACGAGGACUUUCGACGUCUCUAUGAAAGCAAUAAAGGUCCUGACGGCAUUCCCUUUAAUUGGGAUUGUGAGUGGGCAAAAUUAUAUAUUGGUGACAAAUCCAAGCGCCAUGACCUCUCAUACUCGGAGUUCUCACAGAUGCUCCGCGGUCUUCAGGGUGAGAGAAUCAGACAAGCCUUCCAGCUCUUCGAUAAGGACAAAGAUGGAUACAUUGAGCCUGAGGACUUUGCAAGAAUUAUCCUUGAGACCGCAAAGCACAAGCUGUCCGACCAUCUCUUGGACAACCUUACUUCCCUCUGCAACAUAUCCACUGGCAGCAGGAUUUCUUACGCAAAUGUCCGGGCUUUUCAGAAUGUCAUCAUGGAGAUGGACUUGGUGGAGUUGAUUAUACGCCAGGCUUGCAAGAAGAGUGGCGAUGGAAAGAUUACCAAAUCUGAAUUUCUGAACGAGGCAGCAAAAAUCACUCGUUUCUCAUUAUUCACCCCGAUGGAGGCAGAUAUUCUCUUUCACUUUGCUAGUCUGGACGAACCGUCCGGCCGAUUGAGUUUGGCCGACUUUGCUAAGGUUCUAGAUCCAUUGUGGAGAUACCGCAAUAUUGCGGAACGGGCCGGGCAAAGUCUAGGAUCACAAAAGGCAAAGACUGCCACACAAAGCUUCUUCCUACAAGCCGCAGAAUCCGCCUACAACUUUCUGUUGGGAAGUGCCGCUGGUGCUUUUGGAGCUUUUAUGGUGUAUCCUAUUGAUCUGGUCAAGACCCGAAUGCAAAACCAGCGAGGUGCCGAUCCUGGACAACGCUUAUACAAGAACUCAGUCGACUGUUUCAGAAAGGUUAUCGCAAAUGAGGGUUUCCGCGGUCUGUACUCCGGUGUUCUGCCUCAGCUAGUUGGUGUUGCCCCGGAGAAGGCUAUCAAGCUUACAGUGAAUGAUCUCGUCCGUGGCUUUUUCACGGACCCGGAGACACGCCAAAUUCAUUGGGGACAUGAGGUUCUAGCUGGUGGUUCUGCUGGUGCCUGUCAAGUUGUUUUUACCAAUCCUCUUGAAAUCGUCAAGAUCCGACUGCAAGUCCAGGGAGAGGUCGCGAAGAGCACACAAGGCGCCCCAAAGCGCUCUGCAAUGUGGAUUGUUAAGAACUUGGGUCUUGCAGGACUUUAUAAAGGUGCCUCAGCUUGCUUACUUCGUGAUGUGCCUUUCUCGGCCAUCUACUUCCCUACAUAUAGCCACCUCAAGAAGGAUGUCUUUGGCGAAUCUCCCACCAAGAAGCUUGGAAUUCUCCAACUUCUCACAGCAGGUGCCAUCGCUGGUAUGCCCGCUGCUUACUUAACUACACCUUGCGAUGUGAUCAAGACCCGUCUACAAGUUGAAGCACGUAAGGGUGACACUAACUACACCGGCCUACGACACGCAGCGGUGACGAUCAUGAAGGAGGAAGGCUUCCGUGCUUUCUUCAAGGGUGGCCCUGCUCGUAUCCUCCGAUCUUCCCCCCAAUUCGGUUUCACGCUUGCGUCCUACGAAGUUCUCCAGAGCAUUUUGCCGUUCCCUGGAAAGCCCAAGCCGGAACAAGUUCACACUGGUGUUGCGGAUGUCGUAGAAACGAUCAAGGAGAAGGAUAUCACAUCACCUCAUGCUCGCAGCCGAAACGCUCUGAAGAUCAUUCUCGACCUUGACGAGAACUUCGGCCGCGUUAAACUCCCCGACCAGCAGACUUGGAAGACAAUACCUACGUUCCUCGGUGGUGGGAAGUCCUAAUGAUACACUAUGUAGAACAUUUUUGCAAUUCUCAUAUUCCCUUUGAGAUGUUUUUUUGGGAGACGAUUGCAUGAAAAUGGCGUUUGCGAACAUAGCGAAGGAAUAUCUUGUAUUUUACUUUUUCUAAGACGACCAAAGUGGAUGGUGGUCAUGGCCAGGUUUGGCAUCUUGUGUAAGUAGCUAAAACGGUGCGCCAGGAUGGAUCGUGACCUUCGAGAUGAUUCUUGAAGAAAGUUAGAGAUACAAGAAAAACAGCCCUUUUGGGGGUUUUUAUGUUGUGUAUAUCUCAGAGACCAUCGGAGCACCAUAAGUCU